AUGGGACUAGAGCAUCGGGCCUCUGGCGCCUUCGAGGACAUAUAUCCCGUACACACGUUGGACGACAUCAAAUCCAAUCGCACGUAUGUGGAUUGGCUCAUGGUAUUUAAUGAUGUUCUCGACGCCAAGAAAUUAAACGAUGCCUUGUCAAGGUUGCUAGACAUCGGAGACUGGAAGAAACUCGGUGGACGGCUCAGAUUCAGGGGGAAUGGGAAGCUGGAAAUCCAGAGCUCUUCUAUUACUGGGCAACCGAAUGUGUUCUUCACUCAUGAUGCUUUUGAUGUGGCAAUUCAAGAGCAUCCGGUGGCCGGCCAAAUCCCAAAGGCGACCGAGGCUCCAUCCAUUCAACCCAUUGCUGAUGACUUCCGGCCCUUUAUUGCACGGCCAAACUUCCCUACUUUUGAGGAAUUAGUACGACAGAAGCUACCCCCUAUAUCCCUGCACAUUACUACCUUCAGCGACGCGACGAUUGUCGCUCUAGUAUGGCCUCAUUUGUUAAUGGAUGCAUCGGGCGUCCAAGCCCUGCUAGCUGCAUGGUCAUCAGUAUUAGCUGGUCGGGAAGGAGAGGUCCCUAUGGUACUUGGCGCACGAACAGACAUCCUCCGAAAGGCAGCAAGCACAGAUGGUGACGGAAUGCCCGAAGAGUUUGAGCUCGAACGGAAGCGUCUGAAAGGAACAAGCCUGCUCAAGUUCUAUCUCAGAAUAUUCUGGAAUAGGAUUUGGGAGCCUCGCCGGCAGCGACGAAUCGUUUUCCUUCCAAGGAGUGCUUUGACAAGAAUGCGAACUAGGGUUCAACAAGAGAUUGCUGAGAGCAAUCAGGCCCUGGACCACACGCCUUUCGUUAGUGACGGCGAUAUCAUUACAGCGUGGAUCACACAGGCAGCUGCAUCAUCUGAACCAAAAGAAACCCGGCCAGUCACCGUUUAUAGCGUCUUAAAUGCCCGGUUUCGCAUCCCACAGCUACGCAAGGGCGUGUUCAUUCAGAAUAUGGCACUUGGGACAUGUACCUUUUUACCCGUUCAGCUCGCCCACGGACCUAUUGGAUCGAUUGCACUCAGUCAUCGACAACAUGUACUUGAACAAGGCAAGGAAAAGCAGAUAUUCGGUUUCCUGAGACGUGCAUAUCAGGAUAUCGAAAAGACUGGAAUCCCGAAGUUAUUCUUUGGAGAAUCGCACGCUUUGCUAAUGCUUUUCAACAACGUGACCAAGAUUGAGGUGAUGAAAGCUGUUAACUUUGGCCCAGCAGUUCUGUCCCAAGGCGAGAUAGAUGAGACGAGGAAGAAUCCGCUAGGGACCAUGGUCACCUACUACAACGAAACUCUGUUCGUCGACCCAUCAUUUAAUGCUCUCAAUCUUUUCGUGAUACACGGUAAAGACUACGGAGGCAACUACUGGUGCAUGGGAAACCUCUUGCCACGGACCUGGGAGAAGAUAGAGGAAGGACUGUCUAACGUAUAA